CUUCUCCUUCUUCCACUUUUGAACCCCCUCUUUCACUUUUUUUUUUGUAACUUUCUUGCCGGUAAUUGACAUUGCUUAAGAGAUUUAGAAUCUUGAGCAGAGAAAUAAUCAUUCAAACAAAAAAAAGUCAUUUAGUCAACAACUUGGUCAAAUUUAAAAACAGAAACAAGAACUAUGAGUGAGCCAGCAACUGUUGCCGUCUAUCGUGUCGCACUUGACGAUGAUGGUUCGCCUGCUGAAAAUUCCCUGUAUUAUCGUCUUCCUCCACCCGACACGCCUUACAUCCUGCGAUUCAAGGUUAUUGCAGGUUCAUUAGCAUCCAACCAGGGCGUAUUAUGGACAAAUUAUCCUCCCGAAGGGAAGCCAUUUAAACGUACUGAAUUUUAUCAACAUCGCUUUAAGGGAAUCGAGCCUGAAUGCGAUCUCAAGAUCGUAAGGGCGGGCGCUUUCGAGUACUAUGUGGAGCAUUCGUCCUACAUUCAAGAUGGGUCGCUUGUGUGGAGUCGCUCCAAGACAGGCUACUUUGUUGUUGAUCCCCAGCUGACAUUGAUCAAUCGCGAUGGCUCUGGAACCCGUACUUCACUUCCACUAGAGGGUCUUGUGAUUGAAUCGGUCGUACCCAAGUGGAUGGGCAAGUUCUCAGAGUGGAAGCCACAUCUGGAGAUUAUCGCAAAGUCCGGGUAUAAUAUGAUCCACUUUGUGCCUCUGCAGCAUAGAGGCAUUUCUAAUUCGCCCUACUCCAUCUUUGACCAGCUCAAGUUUGACCCCAAUCUAUUUGAAGAAAAAGAUUUGACUAAGACUGAGGAGGAGCAGCGUGCAAUUGUUCAGCAAGUCAUCAGUGAUAUCGAGACUAAGUAUGGCGCUCUUUCAUUGACGGAUAUCGUGUGGAACCAUACCGCAUGUAACUCAACUUGGCUUUGGGAUCAUCCAGAAUCAGGCUAUAAUCUUCACAACUCCCCUCACUUAAUUCCUGCGUUUGAGUUGGACAGUGCACUCUUACGGUUCUCUGCCAUGGUAGCAGAUCCUUCUUCCCCUUUUGAAUCAGAUGUCAAGACAGAAGAGGACCUCAAGGCGAUCAUGACUGAACUUCGCCGUACAGUCUUCAAUGACAUUAAGCUUUGGGAGUUUUACGUGAUUGACGUCAUCUCAUCCCUGAAGGAGUUACAGACAGCGAUUGAAGCCAGCGCCUCUUACGCAACCGAUUUGUUUGAGCACAUUUCUCUCAAUAAAAUGACUCUGAAAGAGAAGGCAGAUAUACUUACUGAUGCAGGUUUGGUCGGGAUGGACACACACGGAGACCGUCAUCAUAAGAAGAUCGAGACCUCAGUGGCGCUCUCAUUCAUGUCAGCACUGCUGAACUUUGAUCUGACCAGGCCAGACACGUUUUCGAUGGAAACUUUACUUGAAGAAUACAAGGCCAUCCUGAACGAAGUCAACCUCGAGUUUUAUAAGGCUUAUGAUAAGGAUGUGGAAACUAUUGCGACUAAUAUCGAGAAUCGAUUCAAGUAUAUCCGCCUUGAUGAACAUGGUCCCAAGUUAGGUCCGAUCACAGAAGAAAACCCCUUGGUUGAGACCUACUUCACCAGACUACCUCUGAAUGAUCGUACCAAGAAGCACCCUCCAGGGUCUUUGGCUUUAGUGAACAAUGGUUGGAUCUGGAACGCAAACCCAUUACAAGACUUUGCUGGCAAAGACAGUCAUGCUUACCUUCGGCGAGAAGUCAUCAUCUGGGGCGAUUGUGUAAAACUCCGCUAUGGAAAGGGGCCGGAGGAUGCGCCUUGGCUCUGGGAACGCAUGAAGGAGUAUACUAUUCAGUCAGCACGACUAUUCCACGGCUUUCGUAUUGACAAUUGCCAUUCAACCCCAAUUCAUUUGGCACAAUAUUUGCUGGAUGCUGCACGUCAGGUGCGGCCCAACCUGUAUGUGGUUGCUGAGUUGUUCACGGGUUCAGAGGAUAUGGAUAUCCGUUUUGUGAGUCGUUUGGGUAUCAAUUCUCUCAUUCGAGAAGCUAUGCAGGCAUGGGAGCCUCGCGAACUGAGUCGCCUUGUACAUCGCCAUGGUCUCAAACCCGUUGGUUCCAUGGAUCGAAGUAGUCUUUGUGAGGAUGUUGCUCUGACAGGGCCAGAUGGCAAGAGCGUCCCUAGCCGAGUUACACCUCUUGUCGGUUCUCAUCCCCAUGCUCUCUUCAUGGAUUGCACCCACGACAAUGAAACUCCCCAUCAAAAGAGGCGGGCCGAGGAUACACUUUCUAAUGCCGGUCUAGUUUGCAUGGCCUCCUGUGCAAUUGGAUCUGUGAAAGGGUAUGAUGAAUUGUAUCCAGCGUUGUUGAACUUGGUCACUGAAAACCGGCAUUACGUCACUUACAAGGAUCCUAUGAGCGUCGGGAUCGUCGGAGUCAAGGCGCAGUUGAACAAAUUACACACAGAUCUGGCUCUCCAGGGAUAUGAGGAAGCUCAUGUGCACCAUGAAAACGAAUAUAUUAUUGUUCAUCGACAACAACCAACGACAUUGAGGGGCUAUAUUUUAAUUGCGCAUACAUCUUUCUAUGAUAAUCCCCACAGAGGAGAUAUCAUGCCUAUAAAGUUGCGCGACACGACAGUUAAGGUUCUCAUGUCUGUCAGCCUGGAGGUGACCUCUCGCACUGUUGAAAAGAAUGACAAAUUCCUUGAGGGCCUUCCAUGCAAACUUGCACAACUUGCCGAGCCCACUAUUUCGCGCCUUUCAGAUGCUCAAGGAGCAUUCACCCAGGUGGAGAUCCCUGACCAUUUCCCUGGAGGAAGUAUCAUCUUGCUUGAAACUUGGGCCGAUGAUAAAGUCCCCAACAACAUCGAAGAGCUUGUAAAGACCAUCCCUGACUCAGUCUUUAACAGUUUAAACUGGCUGGAGCUCAAUAUCGCGCUAUAUCGAUGCGAUGGCGAAGAGCGAGACUUGACAUCUGGUAAUGGUGUAUACAAUAUCCCAAACUACGGGGCUUUGGUAUAUUGUGGCCUGGAAGGCUAUAUCUCUGUACUAAAGCCUAUCAUCGAGACAAAUGAUCUUGGGCAUCCAUUCUGUGCACAUCUACGGGAGGGGCAUUGGGCGUUGGAUUAUAUCAGCGAUCGCAUCAAAAGGCAUCUGCCCCAUUUCCCCGCGCUAUCUGCCUUGCAUGAAUGGUACUCUGACCGCAUGAAUACCAUCAAGAAGCUUCCGAACUACCUAGUGCCAAGAUAUUUUGCUCUCGCCGUUAUGACUGCGUAUGAGGCUGCUCGUAAACGGGCCUAUUCGUUGAUGCCAUCUUUUAUCCGCAACGGAGAUUAUUUCACUCGUUCGCUUAGUUUGACAGCACUUCAGGUGUACAGUUAUGUUGAGUCUGCCAGUUUGCAUCCAAUCAACAAGAUGCCAUGCCUUGCAGCUGGUUUGCCGCACUUCACAUACCGACACAUGCGUACUUGGGGGCGCGAUGUAUUCAUCAGUUUGCGAGGAAUCCUCAUCGUCACAGGGCAGUACCAAGCUGCUAAAGAACACAUCCUUGCAUUUGCCAGUAGUCUUAAGCAUGGUAUGAUUCCCAACCUGCUGGACAGUCUUAGAUACCCCCGCUAUAACUCUAGAGAUUCAGUUUGGUGGUUCUUCCAGUCUGUACAAGAUUACUGCACACUUGUUCCGAAUGGCGAGGAUAUUCUAAAAGAAUCAGUUUCUCGCCGCUUCCCCGAUGGACACACAUUUGUGGAGUACACAAGCCCUGAGGCAUACUCUGUUACUGUUACGCUCGAGGAUAUUCUUACAGAGAUCUUAGUGUGCCAUGCCAAUGGCAUCCACUAUCGUGAAUGGAAUGCAGGGCCACGCCUAGAUGAACAAAUGUCAGACAAAGGCUUCCAGGUGGAUGUUGAUCUCGAUUUCAAUACUGGAUUUGUCACUGGUGGUAGCGUCCAUAAUUGUGGAACUUGGAUGGACAAGAUGGGCGAGAGUGCGAAAGCUGGUACGAAGGGUGUUCCAGCAACGCCUCGUGACGGAGCUGAUGUAGAGAUUAUCGGUCUUCUCAAAUCUUCGCUUCGUUGGGUCCUGGACCUACACAAGAGAAAUAAGUUUAAGCUUUCAGAGAUUCAGAUAGGUGAAACGCACUUCAAGGGCGUGGCACGACCUGCUCGAACAUUGACAAUCGUUGAGUGGGAUAAUCUAAUUCAACAAAACUUUGAAAAAUGCUUUUAUGUACCACUGGAUCCGACUCAGGAUUCGAAUUAUAAGAUUCAAACAAACCUUGUCAAUCGUCGUGGCAUGUAUAAGGAUACAUAUGGAUCGAUCACACCUUUUGCUGACUAUCAGCUGCGACCCAACUUCCCUGUUGCAAUGUGUGUUGCGCCUGAGCUCUUCGACAAGGACCACGCUAUGACUGCCCUGAACUUGGCUAAGGACGUCAUCCUCGGUCCUCUUGGAAUGCGUACUCUAGAUCCUCGUGAUUGGGCGUACCGUCCUAAUUAUGAUAACCAGAAUGACUCUGAUGAUAAGAUGAUUGCUAAGGGUUGGAACUAUCAUCAAGGGCCUGAGUGGCUGUGGUGCACUGGGUACUUUUUCCGAGCCUAUCUGCGAUUCAAGGUCCAAUGCGAGCCGAGAUUGUUCAAGGAUACCAUCUUUGAGUUGCAACGGCUGAUGCUUCCUCACAAGGCUCAACUGGAGACGAGUCCAUGGGCAGGAUUGGCAGAGUUAACGAACCUGGAUGGUGCUAUCUGUGUAGAUGCAUGCCAAUCGCAGGCGUGGUCAUCAUCGACGCUAUUAGAUCUGUUGUACGACAUUAAUGUAAUGCGUCAGGACGAGCGCUUCAAGUAGAAAGAUGAAAAAGUGUAGAAAGACAUUAAAACAGCCCCUUAAAAAUAGGCGCGU